GAGAGAAAGUUGUUUAGGGGAGAAGAAGAGAGGGGGAAAAGCAGCAGGGGCAGUAGCAGCUCUACUCCGGUAUGUGUUUGCGGAGUGGAUGCGAGUUGACUGGUCUCCAGCCUUGGGGGGGGGGGGGGAGGGGAUCUACUUUGCGACGUGAACAGAUUUUGACGACCGAGGGCUGAUGUGCGACGAGCUGCUUCACUUUUCGAUAUAGUGGAUUUCUUCACCCAGCUCCCAAAAGAGGGAGAGAAAGAGCCGCCGGUCUGGGUCGGAACUUACCGGUGGCAGUUUUUGCAGGAGAGAAAAAAUAGGAGGAGGAGGAGGAGGGGGGGGUAAAGGGGAGGCAAUUCCUACAAACUCCCAUAACUUCGGACAAUCCUGCAUGUUUAGUUUGACCGCCGUCUGCAACUUGUUCGUUUAUAAUUAAGUCGUAGCAGGGUUGAGGACUUUUGUUUUUCUUCUUCUGUUUUUUUUGUUGGACAAGACCGACCCUACUUCUUCUUCUUCUUCUUCUUUUUUUUUGGGACAAGACCCUACUUUUUUUUUUUUUGGGAACAAGACCCUACUUCUCCCCCCCCCCCGAUUCUUGUCAACUUUGAUAGAGCAAACCAUGGCGAAGAAGUACGACUUCCUCUUCAAGCUGUUGCUCAUCGGGGACAGCGGCGUGGGCAAGACAUGUCUCAUCAUUCGGUUCGCCGAGGACAACUUCAACUCCACCUACAUAUCCACCAUCGGCAUCGACUUUAAAGUGAAAACCGUCGAGGUCGAGGGAAAGAAAGUCAAGCUGCAAGUCUGGGACACAGCGGGACAGGAGAGGUUUAAGACCAUCACCACCGCCUACUACAGAGGAGCCAUGGGCAUCAUCCUGGUGUAUGACAUCACAGACGAGAAGUCCUUUGAAAACAUUCAGAACUGGAUGAAGAGCAUCAAAGAGAACGCCUCGGCCGGGGUGAGCCGCAUGUUGCUGGGUAAUAAAUGUGACAUCGAGGCCAAGAGGAAAGUUUCCAAGGAGACGGGAGAGAAGCUGGCAAAGGAUCACGGGAUCAGGUUCUUUGAGACCAGUGCAAAGUCCAGCAUCAACGUUGAAGAGUCUUUUUUGGCUCUGGCAAGAGACAUACUGCAGAAGUCCAGCAAGAAAUCGGGCCCGGCGGGUCGAGAGGUUAAAAUCACCAGCAGCGCCGAGAAGAAGUCCUCCAAAUGUCUCCUCCUCUGAGCGGACGGGCGUGGUAACCGAGGAAGCGCCGCCUUUCAGCAACGCAUCAGUAUUACCGGGCACCGGAGGCACCCUGUCGCGUCCUCGUCUCCGCCCGCUGGGCUCACACAUUAAGCAAAGUGUACAUACAGGUGUAGUAAGCAAAGCGUAUGUACGGGUGUAGUAAGCGUGGAGCAUCCAUUCGCCAGUGUUUUGUAUCUAGCGUCCCUAAAGGCUGCUGUGCCGGAGAAGAAGAAACUCUAUCAAGAAUGCUGUUUUGGUUAUUAGAUGAGGUGGCCCGGUGAGAAAUUAGAGUUGUCAUGUUUGUGUCAGGGAGGCCGUUUGUCCGCUCAGCAGCCCACUCGCCCGCCGUUUCACUCCACCCUUUACAUUUGGCUCAAACCUGAAGUUUUUCUUUUUGUUUUCUUUCUGGAAUUUCCCCCCUUUGUUACUCCCCAGCUGCCAGUUCACCCCACUCCUCCGAGCCGUCCCGGUCGCUGCUCCACCCCCCUCUGCCCAUCCGGGGAGGGCCGCAGACUUCCGCAUGCCUCCUCCCGUACAUGCGGAGACGU